AUGUCGCCGGCUGUGGGCGACGUGGCGGCCGAGACGCGCCUCGUCCAGCACGUGGUGCCGCGAGUGAGGCCGGCCGAGCCCUUUGGUAGAUACGAGCACCCACCGAGGCACCGCCCGACGCUCGGCAACGGGACUACCACUACUGCCGAGGUUGUGACUAACGGGGGGGUGCGAGUCGAGGAGGACAGCGAGGACGAGGGAGCGUCCAAGGGGAGGCGGGUGGACGAGGACGCCGAGGAGGAGGACGAGGAGCACCACGAGCCGGGGCGACGGAGGGCAGAGGUGGAGGACGAGAUCGAGGUGGACGUUUGCCGGGAGGACGAUGAGGGCGAGAGCAACCCGAGCAGCCCCGUCGACUUGACUGCCACGUCGGGGCGAUGCGGGCCGGAGCAACAGCAGCCCCCGAGGUCGUCGGGUAGUGGUGGCUUGACGAACGGCACCGGGUGCCACUCACCUCUGAUGAUCGGGGGCAGCAACGGCGGGGUCGCCCAUCCGCACGGGCCGUCGAGCCUGGCCAACUCGGGGGGCAUAGUGGCCACGACGACGACGAACUCGGUGCAGGGGAACAAGCGCGGAUUGGCCUUCUCGGUGGAGAACAUACUCGACCCGAACAAGUUCACCGGGGGCAGGGUUCACCUACCUGGCAGACUCGCCCACCGAAAGAGGAGGCACAGCGGCAGCUUUCACGAGGAUGGAGACUCGCGAGGCGAGUACGCCAGUGGCCAAGAGGACGAAGCGGGGACGCCCGACCACCUCGACAUGGACGUGGACGAGGACGGUCUAGAGGAGGACGACGACGACGACAUCGACGUUCGCACCACUGCCUCGGACCAGCCCGACAACGAUGGCUCGAAUCUCGUCCACGACAGCAACGCUUCCACGUCGUCCAACUGCAGCGCCAACGGCACCACGAAUAACAACAAUCACAAGAAGCGCCUGUCCGGCUCCCUGUCCUCCUCGAGCGGGCAAAAUCAGUCGGGCCAGAGUAACGGCACCAGUGGGGGUGGUGGUGGCAGUGGUGGGGGCAAACCCAGGCGAGCCCGAACGGCCUUCACGUACGAGCAGCUCGUGGCCCUGGAGAACAAGUUCAAGACCACCAGGUACCUGUCGGUGUGCGAGAGGCUGAACCUCGCCCUGUCGCUGUCCCUGACGGAGACGCAGGUCAAAAUAUGGUUCCAGAACCGCCGGACCAAGUGGAAGAAGCAGAACCCGGGCCUCGACGUCAACAGCCCGACGGUGCCCACGACCCCGCCCCAUCCUACCCCCUACGGCCCGGCCUUCCUCUUCGCCGCCCACCCCCACAGCCACGCGCAUCCCCACGUCCAUCCUCACCCCCACGUGCACCAUGCCCACGGGCCUCCACCCCCACCGGGCUACUACCACCACGGGCCACCUUACGGGCCACCCUCGGGACCUACUUUCUUUGGUCACCACCUGACACCCACGACCCCGGUCUCGGUGGGGGUGGCCACGCCGCAGGCAGCCACGCCGACGAGCAGCGCCGGGUUGGGCUUGAGCCAGACUGCCGCCACCAUCUCCGGGACGGGGCACUCGCACGGGCACCCCCACGCGUAG